CUGCCUCGGAAAUUCCAAGUGCAAAAGGCAGCAAUUCCACCAAACUGAGGGGAGAUGGGACAGAGGAGCUUGUGGUUUGCAAUGAUGAGGGGGAGAAGGAAGGCUAGCGACACAUCUUGGCAGAGUGGCUUUUAUCUGGAGCAUUGUUUUGCUCUCUUUCAGGUGAAAAGGAGAGGCACAAGGAAAAGGAAAGCAAGAGCCAACAUUGAGCCGCACAUCAAUGUUGGCAGUGACUUUCAGGCUGAGCUCCCUGAGCUGCAGACCAGACCGCCAAGUGAAGAUGAAGAGCCUGCAACCCUGGUCUGGAAGCCCUGGGGGGAAGAUGACUCUGACAUGCAAAAACCAGACAGAGUGAGAGAACUGUUGGACAUGGCCAGCUCCCGUGGCCUUCCCAGGGCAGCAGCUAAGCUGGAGCUCGCCCUGCACUGCCUGCACCAGGCACGCGGCAGCGUUCCGGAGGCUCUGGAGAUGCUGCUCUCGGGGGGGCCUCCAACACCUCAAGGCCAUCCCUUGGCUGAUUAUCACUACGCAGGCUCGGACAGAUGGACACCUGAAGAGCAGGAGUCCUUCCAAAAGGCUUUCCACACCUAUGGCAAGGAUUUUCAUCUCAUCCAGAAGCAGAUUCAGAGUAAGACCGUGGCACAGUGUGUGGAGUACUACUAUUCCUGGAAAAAAGAGCGUAGGGUUGCCAGCGCUCUUGCUCAGACUGUGGACAAAGCAAAGAGGAGCAAAAGCCCUCCCAGAAAGGAGGACGGGGAGCCAGGGAAGAGAAGCCGCAAGAGGGCUCGCAGCGCCGAGUGUCCCUGCUGCCAGCCGCAGCAGCCACCCCAUUCGGCCAGAGGCCCCUUUCCCUGCGGGCAGUGCAAACGGGUGUUUGAAACCAUAAAGGAAAGGAACAACCACAGGAGAAGGCAUCGCCCACGGAAGGAAGCAGAGCCUCUCCCCAAGAAGAAAAGAGCAAAUGAGGCCUGCAGCUGUCCAGGGCUAGCAAGAGUUAGCGGUCAAGAGGACUAGAUAGCAAUAAGAUUGUUUGUUAAGUUUCUAGGGUUGUUUAUUCUUCUACUUAGUUUACUAGAUAGGAAUCUCUCCAUUUAUUAGUUAAGAUGCAUUAGUAUUAUUAACGAUGUAUUAGUAUUAUUAGAUUUACCAGUAAGUGCAAGAGGUUUGGUGUUCGCUAUCUUUUGCCCUUUUGUCUUUGUUGAGACACAAUCUGUCUUUAUCAUUAAACCAAAGUUUGCUCCAUGA